CAUGUCUGUGUAAAGCAGUGAUCAGUAUUAGCGAAUACACGCCAGCGAAUGUGACAUCUGACCUCAAUGUCGUUUCGUUUAUUAACAAAUUGUUUUUGUAACAAAGGGAGUUGUUAUUUGUUGUUAAGCGAUGGAUAACUAGAUACGAUGAAGUUGCAGUUGAAAGUGCAUUUGAGUCUGUGUAGUUUAGUAUUGAUUCCAUAUAGGUAGUAUGAGAAAAGAUUUAACGGAUCUAAGGACGAUGUAAUAGGUUUAAACAAUGCAAGAAUAUUUGUCCCUGACAAAUAGAAAAUUAUGUUUCGUUGGCUUCGUAACAUCAUGUUUGGUUUUAAUAAUUUUAUAUUACGACAACUGCAAGCUAAACUUCGAACUGGUGUUCCCUACAGAGCAAAUAGAAUAUGAAGCAGAUUCCAACUUUCUAGUGUCAAAUUCGAAAUGCAAAAUGAUGGACCUGGAUCCGUUCAACAAAGAUGCCAAAAAAUUUUUUCGUCCUGAAAAGUACAAGCCCUGCAGAACCCUGGAGUUGCUCAGCUACUUAACAAAGAAUGACAAUACAGCAACUCUCCAUAUUGAUAAGGAAAUAGUUCCGUCCUAUUCCAGCGACGGCGUUUCUUGUUGCUACGCCAACGUGACCAGGAAAAUUUCUGCAUCAAAUCCAGACGGCCAUAUCUCAAUCUCCAAGUGCCAACAUUUCGAAGACAACGUCACGCUCCACCACGAGUUCGUGUCCGUAAAAUGUACGGACACUAGCAGCAAGAAACACAAAGUCUACGAGAACGCCUACGCCUCUAUAACAGUAAAAGAGGACGUUCAGAAAAAACUGGACAACUUUGACAAUACCACGAAGCAACUGAGCGUGCUCAUCGUAGGGAUCGACAGCAUAUCGCGACUGAAUUUCAUAAGAACCCUGCCGAACACCUACAAGUACGUCGAGGAUAACGGAUGGCAACCCCUGAAAGGAUACAACAAAAUGGGCGACAACACCUUCCCCAACGUAAUGGCGGUGCUGACAGGUUUCGACGAGUCGCACGCCUUCAAGGUGUGCAACCCUAGGGAAGUGGGUCAGUUGGAUGCUUGUCCGAUGCUGUGGUACGAUUACAAGAAGUUGGGGUAUGUCACGGGCUACGCUGAGGACGAAGGCUCUAUAAAUACCUUCAAUUUUCGGAAGAAGGGUUUCAAGGACCCACCCGUCGAUUACUACUUUAGACCCUAUAUACUGGCGACGGAGACGCUGGCUAAGGUGAGGAAAGACGAGAUGACUUACUGUACUGGUCCAGAAACCGCUGGUGAGAGGAUCCUCGACGUUGCCAAGGAGUUCGCUAUAACCUUCAAGGAUUACCCCAGUUUCGGAUUGUUCUGGAUGAACUCUUUCAGCCAUAACAAGCUAAACUCGCCGACUGGAAUGGACAAUAAAAUUAGGAGUUUCUUGAACGAUCUAGACAACAGCGGGGUUACAGAGAAUAGUAUAGUUAUAUUUUUAAGCGACCACGGUAUAAGAUUUGGUGAUAUAAGACUGACUGAGACGGGUUGGCUGGAGGAAAGGCUGCCCUUCAUCUACGUAUCAUUCCCUAAGUGGUUUAAAGAGAAAUUCCCCAUUGAGUAUCGCAAUUUCCAGAAGAACUUCAACCGGUUGACAUCUCCUUACGAUCUACAUAUGACCUUGAAACAUAUCCUGGUUUUAUCAGGGCACAACUUUACAAUGACUCCUAGCCAAGGGUGUCCCAAAUGUAGGACUCUCUUCGAAGAAGCCGACCAGGAGAGAUCCUGUGAAGACGCUGGCAUAGAACAGCACUGGUGCACCUGUGCCGGGUACACCGGAACAAAUUUAGACAAGGAAGUAGAAAAUAAGGUAAAAAAUUACGUAUUGGAUCAAAUCCACGAUAUAAUCCGUUCGAGGAAUAGUGAACAUCUGUGUGCCAAAUAUUCGGUAGAGAAAAUUAUUAGUAGUAGUCUGUCUCAUCAAUUUUUUUAUAAGAACGAUACUUAUUUACUCGUGAAAUUCCAGACCAAGCCCAAGGCUGUCUACGAAACUACCAUCGGUUUCAAGGGAAACAUUAGUAGCAACAAGUAUUCUCUUUCUGGUGAUAUAAGUAGACUGGAUAGCUAUAGUGAACGUAGUAAAUGUGUUGGCGAUGCAUAUCUGAAGAAGUAUUGCUACUGCCGUUCAAACGGGAGUCGCGUUUAAUAUAUAGAACAAGUGCCCUUAUUUUAAGAUAAUAUAAAGACUCACUCAAAUUUAUUUUGUAUUAUUUUACAGUUUUGCGGUGGUUUAAAUAACUAUUAUAAGCGUUCUAGUCAAUAAUAUAAUAAUAAAUUAAUCUACCUCAUCUCCCAAAAUUUAUUCAUCCA